GGAUCAGGAUAUAGCUUUCGUCUUGGGCAAGAAGUGUCUUAUUAUUCUCUGCAUUGGAUAGCCGUGCAAUUGGCACCUCUUUGUGGGUUUCUGUGGUCUUCCUAUUACUUUUCAAGGGUGGAAUUUUUGAGUCUGCGGGGGACUCUCAACCGUCAAGAUGGUGAAUAUCACAGAUAAGAUUAAGGAGAUUGAAGAUGAGAUGAAAAGGACGCAGAAGAAUAAGGCGACAGAAUAUCAUCUUGGUCUGCUAAAAGGAAAACUUGCUCGACUAAGGGCACAGCUCCUAGAACCCGCAGGCGGCGCCGGGUCUGGUGGUGGUGCAGGCUUCGAUGUCAGCAAAAGCGGUGAUGCUCGUGUGGCGUUGGUGGGCUUUCCAUCCGUCGGAAAGUCGACGUUUCUAUCCAAGAUCACCAAGACGAAGAGCGAAGCUGCUGCCUAUUCUUUCACGACAUUGACGGCUAUUCCCGGUGUCCUGGAAUACGGGGGUGCUGAGAUCCAGAUCCUCGAUUUACCUGGUAUCAUUGAGGGUGCCGCUGAGGGUAAGGGAAGAGGAAGACAAGUCAUAUCCGCCGCAAAGACAAGUGAUCUGAUCUUAAUGGUCCUCGAUGCCACAAAACGUGCCGAGCAAAGGAGUCUUCUGGAAGCCGAGUUGGACGCAGUGGGUAUUCGACUCAACCGCGAGCCUCCCAAUAUCUACUUGAAAGCAAAGAAAGCCGGUGGCAUGAAGAUCACCUUCCAGACACCCCCGAAAUACCUCGAUGAGAAGAUGAUCUUCAAUGUGCUUCGCGAUUAUAAAAUUCUCAACUGCGAAGUCCUGGUCAGAGAUGAGAAUGCUACGAUUGACGAUUUCAUCGAUGUGAUCAUGAAAGACCAUAGAAAGUAUAUCCAAUGCCUGUACGUCUACAACAAGAUUGAUAGCGUGAGUCUGGACUUCCUCGACCAACUCGCCCGCGAGCCCCAUACUGCCGUGAUGAGCUGCGAGCUCGACCUCGGAGUCCAGGACGUUGUCGAGAGGAUCUGGAAGGAGUUGAGAUUAAUUCGGGUCUACACAAAGCGGAAGGGAGAGGACCCGGAUUUCAGCGAAGCGCUCAUUGUGCGAAGCAACUCCUCUAUCGAGGAUGUCUGCGACCAGAUUCAUCGCACGCUCAAGGAGACUUUUAAGUACGCCCUGGUGUGGGGGGCAAGUGCUAGACAUAUCCCGCAGCGGGUGGGCUUGGGCCAUGUUGUUUCAGAUGAGGAUGUGGUGUCUAUAGUGGCGAAAUAAGUAUGCAUACCUGAAAAGAAAAUACGAUUACUAUGGCAUUUGUACAGUCUGAACUGCGAUGUUCUAAGGAGUGUCUGCUACCUGUAGAUUAAGUGUUGGUUAGGUCGCCAUAUCUUCUAUAUAACCAGUUUCACUCCCUC